CCGGUGGUGCUCCGUCUGUUUGCGGCUCGCGGAGAAGAUGGCGGCUCGUAGUGGUUUUCAGCCUGCGACACCCGGAGGCGGCGGAGCCCCGAUGGGACCCGGGCCGCCCGUGGCCGGUGCAGGGCCCGGAAUGGGUCCCGGUACACCUUCGGGACGGAUGGGACCCGGCGGGCCGCAGAACCAUAUGUAUCGAUCACCGAUGCCCGGAUACCCGAGACCAGGAAUGCCUCCAGCCAGCCGUAUGACCCCUCAGGGACCCUCCAUGGGACCCCCAGGUUACGGGGCCAGUCCAGUGUCCCGUCCCGGAAUGCCAGUCAUGGAUCCGUCCCGCAAGCGACCGCCGCCAAAUCAGAUCCAGCAGGUCCAGCAACAGAAUCGCAACCAACAUGCCAAGAAGAAGAAAAUGGCAGAUAAAAUCCUACCUCAAAGAAUCAGAGAGCUUGUUCCCGAGUCUCAGGCAUACAUGGACCUACUGGCGUUUGAGAGGAAGCUUGAUCAGACCAUCAUGCGCAAAAGACUUGAUAUUCAGGAAGCUCUCAAGAGACCCAUUAAGCAAAAAAGAAAACUACGGAUAUUUAUCUCCAACACCUUCAACCCUGCCAAACCGGAUGCAGAGGAUGGCGAAGGAACCGUUGCCUCUUGGGAGCUGCGUGUGGAGGGACGACUUCUUGAAGACACUGCUGUGUCCAAAUAUGAAGCCACUAAGCAGAAGAGGAAGUUUUCUUCUUUUUUCAAGUCUUUAGUGAUCGAGUUGGACAAAGACUUGUAUGGUCCUGACAAUCAUUUGGUGGAGUGGCACCGAACAGCCACAACUCAGGAGACAGAUGGAUUUCAGGUGAAGAGGCCUGGAGAUGUGGGUGUCCGCUGUACUGUACUACUCAUGCUGGACUACCAGCCCCCUCAAUUUAAGUUGGACCCCAGACUUGCCCGGUUGCUGGGGAUCCACACUCAAACACGGCCUGUGAUCAUUCAGGCUCUGUGGCAGUAUGUGAAGACCCACAAACUCCAGGACCCUCACGAACGAGAGUUCAUCAACUGUGAUAAAUACCUCCAGCAGAUCUUUGAAACCCAGAGGAUGAAGUUUUCCGAGAUUCCUCAAAGGCUGCAUGCACUACUGAUGCCCCCCGAGCCAAUCAUCAUCAACCAUGUCAUAAGCGUGGAUCCCAAUGACCAGAAGAAGACAGCUUGCUACGAUAUAGACGUGGAGGUGGACGACACCCUGAAGACCCAGAUGAACUCUUUCCUCCUGUCCACGGCCAGUCAGCAAGAGAUCGCAGGCCUCGACAACAAGAUUCAUGAGACCAUUGAAACAAUUAACCAGCUGAAGACUCAGAGAGAGUUCAUGUUGAGCUUCGCACGAGACCCGCAGGGCUUCAUCAACGACUGGCUCCAGUCACAGUGCAGAGACUUAAAGACUAUGACAGAUGUGGUUGGAAACCCCGAGGAGGAAAGGAGAGCGGAGUUCUACUACCAACCCUGGGCUCAGGAGGCCGUGUGCCGAUAUUUCUAUUCAAAGGUUCAGCAAAGGAGACAGGAGCUGGAACAGGCUCUUGGCAUUCGAAACACAUAAGCAAGCUCGUGGCCGUUACGACACAGGACCAGAGGGGGUUCUGGGUAGCAAAUGUCCUGCUGCUCGGUGCUGCAGAUGCUGAUCACUACAGUUAUAUUACAGUUUAUCUUGUGCUGUCCUGCUGUAGCUGCCCAGGAAUGACCCGUAUACAGAAAUGACCUUAUUUUUUUGUUGUGACUCCGCCAAACUAACACCCCUGUUGUCUGCUGUCUUUCUUAUUUUUACAUAUUUCACGGUUCCCAUGCGACUGAACGUUUGUCAAGGUGCUGUCAUUUCGAAAAGUGUAGUUUUCUAACCAAACUGACAGGCUUUGUUGGAUAAUUUUGGUAACUGCGUAACUCCACAUCGCAAGAACGCUCAAGAACAAAGCCCAUUUGCAGCUUUCCAUAUUAACCUGUCAACAAGAAUUACUUUUUGCAGGGGUCUUUGUUUAUUUUUUUGAAGUUAUCGAUAUUGUCUUUGAUAUUUUAAUGUUCUCAUAAUAUUAACUUUAUGAAGAUCUAGUCUAGUUAAGCAUAGAUGACGGAUAAUGACGUAGUUUAGUACCUCAGCUCUGUGAAGAUGAAUUAUUUGGAGGAAGUUCCUCGAACAAGUCCGUUGGCGUCAAAAGGCGAGCUCACUGGUUAGCGUUUUCUGCAAUGCUUGAUAAAUAAGAUUGUUUUUUUUUUUUCCAGAACUCAUCCGUUUAAUAGUCGUUUUAGAUCCACAAGAUUCGAUGUACUGCUGAUCGACCUGUUUGAUUUAUAGAUCUUUUGGUCACAAACUUUGUCCUGGACUUCCACUCUAACCUUGCUGUGAUAUGUAUUAAUAUAUUUAGAGAACUGCAUUUAUGGUUUGUUGGAUUAAUUAUUGUCAUUAUAGUCAACUCUGAAAAAACAACAUGAAAACCUGCCAAUGCAAGUACUAAUUAGCCAUGGCUACCCACAAAAUGCUUGGGAAAACGGUCAAGUGUUUUAAUAUUUUAUAGAUGCGCUGCAGAGAGGCCAUGGGUUCUUCCAUUCAAGUAAUUCGAAGCGUUUAGAAGUCAAGUGCUAAAGACUUUAACAUUCUGGGUAGUUUAAGUUUUAACUACAUUUAAUUGUUUUCCUAAAGUCAUGCAUUUGCUUUGAUUUUUAUAUCUUACAGUUUUGUUUUUCUUUACUUUAAUGGACCAAAUGUUGUAUUUCUUUGUUAGCCCUUUGUGUUAUAAUAAAGAUAAUCUUGUAUCGAUGCUCAA